CCUACAGUAGCGUAUAAGACACGCAGACGCGUGAUGAAAUCAAAGCAAAAGCAGCCGAGGAAGAACGCACAUCGCAGUCAUUCUGAUCAGUUUAUUGUUAUUAUUAUUAUUAUUACUACCGGUGUUUUUGACGGGACCAGGACCAUCGGAGGAUCAAGCACUUCGCCACGGACUCUUCCUCGACCCUUCCUGCACAUUUGACUGAAAAGGCGUUCUGAAUAAUGUCGGGACCUGAUGUCAGCGGCCCGGGGAACGGCUCCUUCCUGGACUCGGAGUUCAGGUACAACCUAUUCACCGUCUUCUACAGCCUGGUCUUCAUCGUGGGCCUGGUGGCCAACGUGGGGGCGCUAUACGUGCUGCGUCACCUGCGCGACGCCAAGGCCAUGAACGAGAUCCGCAUCUACAUGACCAACCUGACGGUGGCCGACCUGCUGUUUGUGUGCGCCCUGCCCUUCUGGAUCAGCUACUACUACAGCAGGGGCCACUGGCGCUUUGGGGAGGCCCUCUGCCGGGUAACCGGCUCCCUGUUCUUCAUCAACACCUACAGCUCCGUCCUCUUCCUCGCCAUCAUCAGCUUCAACCGCUACUGGGCCGUCACGCGGCCCCUGGACGCCGUGACGUCGGACCACCGGCGGCGGGGGAUCCUCAUGUCGCUGGGCGUCUGGGUCGUGACCCUGUCCAUGUCCGGGCCGCAGCUGGCGCAGAACGGGAUGAACUCGGACGACGCCGGCGUCGUCCGCUGCUUUGAGAACUACGUCGAGCGGGACGAGACGACCCGGAUGACGGUGGCCGCCAUGCACUUCGUCAUCAUCGGCCUGUUCUUCCUGGUCUUCCUGCUGGUGGUGGUGUGCAACGUGCUGAUCGGCCGCACGCUGCUGCAGCAGCGGCAGACGCUGGCGGGCCGGAAGCGCUGGGGCCUGAAGAAGUACGCGCUGUGGAUGGUGUGCGUGGUGGUGCUGGUGUUCAUGGUGUGCUUCCUGCCGCACCACGUGGUGCAGGGCCCCUGGACGCUGGCCGUGCUGGGCUACAGCGGCAUGUCCGAUUCCACCAGGCAGCGGCUCAACGACGCCCACCAGUUCACCACCAUGCUGAUGGGCCUCAACUGCAUCAUGGACCCCGUGGUGUACUGCUUCUCCACGCGCAAGUUCCGCCACUACGUGUCCAGCCGGCUGGGCUUCCUGAGCCGGGCGAAGGACUGCUCGGUCCGCACGAACAGCACCAAGGUCUCUUUGAACAUGCAUCGGCAGGGCGUGGUGGCUCCCCUGGAGAUGGCGGGCGAGGGCGUAAGGGAGUAGGGCCCGGUUCAGGAGCCCUUAUUGCGCCCACCCCUCCGCGUCUGUCGACUGAGGUUGCCCUUCACGAACAACAGACCACAUUGACUGUCACCUCUGCCACACCCCUCGCCCUAAGACUCUGAAGAGUAGGGUUUUUUUUUUCAUGUUGUUUUUGUUGUUGUUGUUGUUGUUUUAUCAAGUCAGUAUUCUGGAACUCCAUUUGCUUUCCAGUUGCCAGUGGUGAUUGUUACAUCACCAUUAGAAUGCGCAGUUCAGAACAUCCUAAUCGCACCUUUGUGACCUCACACCUACAGGGUGGGUGAAAAAGGAGUCAUGUGACGUUGUGGAACUGGCAGCUGGGUUGGAGGGUUGCACAUUUCACCCACAUGUUGUGGAGAAGGAACAUAUAUUCCAAACUAUCAAGUGAAGGACCACUGUGUUAAGGCACUCCUUGUUACGUGCGGCAUGGAGAGAAUUCACAAUGCAUCAGCACGGUGCUUUCUCUGGUAAAUAUGUUCUGUUCUUUACAUCAAAACUGUACACUUAACACAUCCAGUAUUGUUCCAGCCAUGUACAUAUUCUUGUUCCUGUUGAAUCAACUCUUAAACAAAGCGACUUUAGCUGACUGCUGGUGAACAAACAGGCACAACCCCGAUUGUCAUUACUACAAAAGGUAUCCCUUAAGUGCUCGCCAGGUAUCCCGCUCACUUCCUGCCGCUGGGUCCUGAUCCCCGGUUUGGGAAUGGGGACUCCUCUAAUGCAAGGCAAAGGACACUGACUCUGUGGAUGUAACACAGUCUGUGGUCUGUCAUUCAUUCAAGCCCUUAGUGACCCUUAGUUCCAUGAUUCUGGUCUGUUUAAACUUGUGGUGCCUUAGCGUUAUCCUGAGCCUGACAUAAUCUGUUUUGGGAUAAAGUCUGCUCCUCCAUCCAGGGUUGUGAUUCACUAAUUAACUGUGGGCAGCCUGUAGCCUAAGGUGGCUAAUGCAGCCUGUACCCUUAGGUGGCUAAUGCAGCCUGUAGCCGUCGGUGGCUAAUGCAGCCUGUAGCCGUCGGUGGCUAAUGCAGCCUGUAGCCUUAGGUGGCUAAUGCAGCCUGUAGCCUUAGGUGGCUAAUGCAGCCUGUAGCCUUAGGUGGCUAAUGCAGCCUGUAGCCGUAGGUGGCUAAUGCAGCCUGUAGCCUUAGGUGGCUAAUGCAGCCUGUAGCCGUCGGUGGCUAAUGCAGCCUGUAGCCUUAGGUGGCUAAUGCAGCCUGUAGCCUAAGGUGGCUAAUGCAGCCUGUAGCCGUAGGUGGCUAAUGCAGCCUGUAGCCUUAGGUGGCUAAUGCAGCCUGUAGCCUUAGGUGGCUAAUGCAGCCUGUAGCCUUAGGUGGCUAAUGCAGCUUGUAGCCGUAGGUGGCUAAUGCAGCCUGUACCCUUAGGUGGCUAAUGCAGCCUGUAGCCUUAGGUGGCUAAUGCAGCCUGUAGCCGUUGGUGCCUAAUGCAGCCUGUAGCCUUAGGUGGCUAAUGCAGCCUGUAGCCGUCGGUGCCUAAUGCAGCCUGUAGCCUUAGGUGGCUAAUGCAGCCUGUAGCCUUAGGUGGCUAAUGCAGCCUGUAGCCGUCGGUGGCUAAUGCAGCUUGUACCCUUAGGUGGCUAAUGCAGCCUGUAGCCUUAGGUGGCUAAUGCAGCCUGUAGCCGUCGGUGCCUAAUGCAGCCUGUAGCCUUAGGUGGCUAAUGCAGCCUGUAGCCUUAGGUGGCUAAUGCAGCCUGUAGCCGUCGGUGGCUAAUGCAGCCUGUAGCCUUAGGUGGCUAAUGCAGCCUGUAGCCUUAGGUGCCUAAUGCAGCCUGUAGCCUUAGGUGGCUAAUGCAGCCUGUAGUCGUCGGUGGCUAAUGCAGCCUGUAGCCGUCGGUGGCUAAUGCAGCCUGUAGUCGUCAGUGGCUAUGGUACUGGGGCCUGGAAGGUUGGUGGUUCAAGCCCCAGUGGGGCAACAAUGAAAUUUGUGCAGCUGUUCGGCUCUUGGACAAGGCCCUUAACCCCACAUUUCCCCUAGGGGGGGAUUGACCCCUUGCUUUGUGAAAUCGACUGUGAGUGGUUUUUGGAUAAAAGCGUCGGCCAAAAUAACUAAUGUAAGUAGUGGUCAGUUAAGUGACAUUAUUUUUGUUUGUAUUGCAAACUGACCCGGCCUAAAACCCACUGAGAGAGCGUCUGGGGCCACAGGGACGGGGGGAAGAGACUUUGAGCAUCAGAGGCCCGGCCCGGAGACAACGCCUCAUGAUGUCAUGUCAGUGGAACUGCGGUUCGAAGCGGCGUUCCAGGCCAGCUGACCUCCCUCACGCCCCAAACUUCAACCAUAUCCGUUUCCAGCGAGGAGGAAAGGGGAGGAGGGAGGGGGUGAUGUUUUUAUAUUAUCUAUGUGUGUCGUGUGAAAAAAAAACUGAAGUAAAAAAAAAAAAAAAAAAUUACAUUGAAAAAACUUGUACAGACAUAUUUUUGUAUUUAUUUAUUGUUUUUAAUGACACAGCACGGGUCCUCCGGGUCUCAGGAGGAUGUCUGUUUCCGUGGAAACCAUCUGUUUCCUCGCUGCUCUUCUUCUGUGGUUGAUCUGGCUGUUGACCCCCACCUCUGCCAUAACCCGCAGUUUCCAUGGCGGCAUGUGGUUUACAAUAAACUGGUUCAUAAAAAUAAAUAAAAAAGCAGUCAGAGGAUCCAUGUUAUAGCAUUUUUACAGUCACUUUCACACUCAUUUCAGAACCUCAAGGUCAUUUUUCAUAACUUAAAACAGAUAAUUCA